UGUGGGUGUGUGUGUGUGUGUGACUUCGCUGUUUCCACAGAACACGGAGCACGGCGGGGCCGUGUGUGUGUGUGUGACUUCGGUGUUUCCACAGAACACGGAGCACGGCGGGGCCGUGUGUGUGUGUGACUUCGGUGUUUCCACAGAACACGGAGCACGGCGGGGCCUGCCCGGCGGGGCCUGCCCGGCGGAGCGGGGCCCGGCCCGCGGCCUCUGCGGCGGCCCGCGGCGGGGGGAGGUGCCUGGAGCUGUUGAGCCACAUGAAGUUUAAAGUGAGGUGGAAAUACACCUGAAGACGGGGUAGGAACCACGUCCGGGAAGGCUGAGGCUGGAGAAGGCACGCCCUGUAAGGUGGCAUACCAACACAUCCAAAAUGUCGAUGGAUGUAACUUUCCUUGGCACAGGCUCAGCGUAUCCCUCUCCAACGAGAGGAGCAUCGGCGUUAGUGCUUCGCAGGGAAGGAGCGUGCUGGCUCUUCGACUGCGGAGAGGGAACUCAAACACAAUUCAUGAAGAGCCAUCUCAAAGCAGGCAGAAUUACCAAGAUCUUCAUAACUCAUCUUCACGGCGACCACUUUUUUGGACUUCCUGGCCUGCUGUGUACACUUAGCCUCCAAAGUAGCCCUGACCCAAACAAACCACCUGUUGAUAUUUAUGGACCAUUAGGACUGCGAAACUUCAUAUGGAGGAGUAUGGAGCUCUCCCAUUCAAAACUUCUCUUUCCCUACACUGUUCAUGAACUGGUACCUACACGGGACCAGUGCCCCGCAGAAGAAUUUAAGGAGUUUUCUCACUUGGACAGAGGUGAGGUAUCUCCCCAGGGAGCACAAGGGAGAAUACUCCACCUGGAUCCAGUAGAAAACUCUUACUUGCUGGUAGAGGAUGAGCAGCUGGUUCUGAAAGCAUUUCGCCUAUUUCACAGCAUUCCUUCCUUUGGCUUUGUGGUGGAAGAGAAGCCCCGGACCGGUAAACUCAAUGUACAGAAGCUGAAAGACCUUGGAGUUCAACCAGGUCCUCUAUAUGGGAAACUGAAGAAUGGAACUGCAGUUGUUCUAGAAAAUGGAGUAAAGAUUUCUCCUUCUGAUGUCUUAGAAGAUCCUAUUCCUGGAAGAAAAAUUUGCAUUUUGGGAGAUUGUUCAGGGGUGGUCGGAGAUGCAGCUGUGAAGCUUUGCUGUGAAGCAGAUGUACUGAUACAUGAAGCCACGCUGGAUGACACCCAAGAGGAAAAGGCCAGAGAGCAUGGUCAUAGCACUCCAAAAAUGGCAGCAGAUUUUGCAAAAUUAUGUAAAGUUAAGAAACUGGUUUUGACUCACUUCAGUCAGCGGUAUAAACCAGCUUCUCAGAGAGGUGAGGGAGACAUGGACAUCACUGAACUGAAGAGACAGGCAGAGUCAGUGUUGGAUGGUCAAGAAGUAACACUAGCUGAGGAUUUUAUGACAAUAGAAAUUCCAAUGAAAAAGUAAAAAUAGUAGUGUUAGCAAGCUCUGUAUGAAGACAUAAAGUAGGAUGGUGUUGGAUAGCCCUUAAAAAUAAUGGUAGGGAUUCUGGUAUCCAGAUUAGUUCUCCGCUCCAUUGCAAGCUGGAGAGAGUACCAGGUACAGUUAGCAUUGCUUUUGUAAAGCAAGAAAAAAGGAUACUCCCGACAUCUGCAACUUGGAAUAAAUUAGUAAGAGGUGGUUUUGGACAUUGACCCUCCCCAGAAACCGAAUGUGUAGACUGGCACAAGCCCCCACAGCCCAGGGGUUUUCCCUGGACCACGGAUUCCUGAAGCAGGGCACUGGAUCGUUUGGUUUAAUACAGCCCUUGGGAAUGUUUGUGCUCUGCACCAGAAUUUAAGAUAUCUUGCCUGUUAGAAGCUUUUGAGCAACAUCUGCUUCGAACUUGUAUACAGUCUUUUGUAACUGUUAUCCAGUUUCUAUGCGAGAGGACUAUUACACUGAAACUAAUAAAGUAUUUAUAGCUCUGCCAAGUGUUUGUAACUGGGGCUGUUGCUAUGCUGAAGUUGAGCUCUUAUAGUUCUCCCUUUGCAUGUGAAGUUUUCUCAUAAAUAAAUACAGUUUAGGCUUCCUGUCAAAA